AUGAUCCGCGAGUGCCCCAGAGGAGCAUCAUCUGCCCAGUCUACAGCUUCUAUUCAGUCACCUUCGAGGCAGCGUGCGGGUCUCCCACUCGCCAUGUCAGCUGGACGUUCUUUUCCGCCGCGUCAGUCCGAGACACCUCGACCUGCACCGAGUGGUCGUGUAUUUGCAGCCCAGGCAGAGGAGCCGACCGUGGUUGAUGAUGUCGUGGCAGGUAUUGUUUUAAUUUAUGGCACUAGAUCUCGUGCAUUAUUUGAUACAGGCGCAUCGCAUUCAUUCAUCAGUAGCUCAUUUGCUAAGACGCAUGAUAUUGAGAUUUCGGAUAGUGCGGAUGCCUGGUGGGUGUAUGCCCCUGAGCACACAUUUAGUGUCCACGAGGUGUGUGCGGCGUGUCCAGUACAGGUUGGUGAUUGGAUUAUGCCUGCAGAUUUGCUAGUACCAAGCCGUAUGAAAGCCUUUGAUGUGAUCCUCGGAAUGGAUUGGCUUACAAAGUACUAUGCCACGAUUGAUUGCGAAAGUAAAGUAAUUACUUUUCGUGAACCCGGGCAAAAAGAAGUUGUGUAUUGGGCGUGUAAGAGUUCGCUCUUUGCGUUGACAGUAUCGACGUCGAGUGCGAGAAAGUUGAUUAGUAGAGGAUGUGUAGCCUAUUUGGCAACAGUGGUGGAGGCUCAGAAGGAACUUCCAGUACUUGGAGAUAUUCCAGUAGUUCGAGAGAUUCCUGACGUAUUUCCUGCGGAGUUACCGGGAUUGCCACCAGACCGGGAGAUUUAG